GUUGUCCGGGGUAACCGGCUGCGAGCGGCCGCCCGCCCGCCCAAGAGCAGACCCCGUCCGCGGCCAAUGUCCGGGAGGCAGCGACGCCGGCCCGCUGAAGGUCAAUGAAGCAGAGCUGGGCUCUUCACUUUUAACCAUAGGGAGAGUGGUGGUAUUCCUCAACAAGCGUGCGAGAGCAGGCCCACGUGCGCAGCCCAAUCAUGAUGGAAGAGGAUAUCGAAGUGGCCAUCAAAGUGGUGGUUGUUGGCAAUGGUGCUGUUGGUAAAUCAAGCAUGAUACAGCGGUACUGCAAGGGUAUUUUCACCAAGGAUUACAAGAAAACCAUUGGGGUCGAAUUUCUGGAAAGACAAAUUCAAGUUAAUGAAGAGGAUGUCAGAUUAAUGUUAUGGGAUACAGCAGGCCAGGAGGAAUUUGAUGCCAUAACAAAAGCCUAUUAUAGAGGUGCUCAGGCAUGUGUGCUGGUGUUCUCCACUACUGAUCGAGAGUCUUUCGAGGCUAUCUCAAGUUGGAAAGAGAAGGUUGAGGCUUAAGUCGGAGAUAUCCCAACUGUACUGGUACAGAAUAAAAUAGACCUCCUGGAUGAAACUGUACUUAAAAAUGAAGAAGCAGAGGGACUUGCCAAAAGGCUGAAACUUAGGUUUUAUCGGACUUCUGUGAAGGAGGAUUUGAAUGUGAAUGAAGUUUUCAAGUACCUGGCUGAGAAGUACCUUCAACGACUGAAACAGCAAAGCACUGAAGAAGAACAAGUACACACAACAAGAACCUCUGCAGAGAACUCCUAG